AAAUUGACACCGAACGGUGAGGUAGGCUCUUUUUCUGUUUUCAGUACUUAUUUAUCCUGAAAAUUACGCGAUUUUCGUGACGAUUCGUUGCAGAUUACACCUCUUUGAUGCCUAUAAUUUAUUAAGGGCAGCGUAUAGCGGAGGGCUGUAUCGGCGCAGUGAUAACAACAGCGAUGGUAAUGGAGGCGUCCCCGUCCCCGCAGAGCGUCGGCCGCGAGUUUGUCCGCCAGUACUACACACUGCUCAAUAAGGCGCCGGCACAUCUGCAUAGAUUCUACAACAACUACUCGUCGUUCGUGCACGGCGGCUUGGACGCGCCCAACCGCGAGACGCUGCCCGUCGUCGGCCAGAAGCAGAUCCACAACCGCAUUCAGCAGCUCAACUUCCGCGACUGCCAUGCCAAGAUCAGCCAGGUGGACGCGCAGGCCACGCUGGGCAACGGAGUGGUGGUGCAGGUGACGGGCGAGCUGUCCAACGGCGGCGCGCCCAUGCGGCGCUUCACGCAGACCUUCGUGCUGGCCGCGCAGUCGCCCAAGAAGUACUACGUGCACAACGACAUCUUCCGCUACCAGGACAUAGUGUUCUCCGACGAGGAGGGCGAGGGCUCCGGCCGGUCGGAGGGCGAGGAGGAGGAGGGCGUGGCGACGGGCGGCUACUUCCCCCCCGCGCCCGCGUUCCCGCCCGCGCCCUUCCCCGCGCCGCCCGCGCCGCCGCACGCGCCGCUGCUGUCGCCGCCCGCGCAGCCCGCGCCCCCCGCGCCCGCGCCGCCCGCCGCGCCCGCCGCGCCGCACCUCAACGGCCACCCGCCGCAGCACGACGACCCCACGCGCCAUCUCGUCGCCGCUCUGCAGGCGAACGCCAUAUCGGGCGGCGCGCCGUCGGCGACGCCCGCGGCUGUCACUGCGCCGGCGCCGGAGCGUGAGUCGGAGGCGGCCCCCGAGCCUGUGCCGCAGCCCGAACCCGAGCGGGAGCCUUCGCCGCCGCCGCAACCUUCGACGCCGAAGACGUACGCCAACCUGCUGAAGUCGGGCGCGUCGCGCGGCUCGCCGCCCGCGCCGCCCGCGCCGCCCGCGCCCGCCGCGCCGCACGAGCCGCGCCCGCGCCCGCCGCGCGUGGCGCCGCCGCAGCCCGCAGGCAACCCGCCAGAGAGCGGCCGGCGGUACUCCGACGCCCAGCAGCUGUUCCUGGGCAACCUGCCGCACUCGGCCACGGAGGAGGAGCUGCGGGCGCUGUUCGCGCGCUUCGGGCCCGUGGCCGAGCUGCGCGUGCACAGCAAGCCGGCCGCGCCCGGCGCGCCGCGACACCCCAACUACGGGUUCAUCACCUACGAGAGCGCGCAGGCCGCCGCCGACUGCCUCAACGCCGCCCCGCUGUUCUUCCCGGCGGAGGGCGAGGGCGCCGGCGUCAAGCUCAACGUGGAGGAGAAGAAGACGCGCGCGCGCGAGGCGCCGCGCCGCCGCCCGCUGUCGUCGCACCGCGCCGCCUUCCAGCCGCGCCAGCCCUACCGCCGCUAGGGCGGCGCCGUCUCGUGCAUGGCGCCGGCGGCUCGUCGUGUGACAAACCUCUACAAGUCUUAGAUGUAACUUCGCGUCUACUAAAUUCCAGUCGAGCACGAGUCGACUACCACGCUUCGCAUAUCGCUUCCUUUCGUUAAGUAGUUAGAUAGUAAAUUAAUUUCGUGAUCGAGGCCCUCUCGACAGCCGGCCCGUCCGCGCCCGGCGGGACUCGUUGUGAUAAAUCUAGAAUGAUCUUUUACUUCACAUAUUUUGUUUCAAUUAUUAUUAUAUUUUAGUAGCGUUCAAUUAAAUUUCCCGAUCGAUCGCUCGGACACACGCAAUAAUAGUCACCCCCCCCCCCCCCCCCCCGGACCGCCGUCCCGCAGCGCCGAGACACGCCGAGCGCAGUCUCCACUCAACGACAAAUUAUUAUAUGUUUGUAAUUAUUAAAAUAAGUUUAUGGUUAAGCAGUUACAUUUUUGUUAAUAAUAACGAAUAUUCUGUAAACUUGUAUCUCGC